AUGGUUACCUCAGCCACUAAAAAGGUUUCAUCAACCCCUAGUGAACAGGCUGUGCUCAAAGCCUGGAUCAAAUCAUCAAACUUCCCAUUCUUGGGCACAGUAACAGUGAACGGGGAUGGCUUACUACUGCCAUCAGCUUUUAUCACAGUCAAUGUCAUUGUCCGCAUAGAUGAUGACGGCAGAGUUAGGCCCAGUGUACCAGUUUCAAAUGAAUUUCCAAGAAGCUUAGAAGAACUGCUUCGAGCAGAACUAGAACUACUGUUGAUUCCAAAGAGAAAGUGGGGUGGGUUCAACAAUUCAAAGAUGCAUAAUCAUAUGGAACAAUAUGAUUCAAGAAAAGCAGCGUUGUCUGCCCAGAAAAAUCCCAAACCCGUAUCUGAUGAGGGUGGAGUUAACCGUCAGUUUCCAAUAAAGAAAAGAAUGUAUACUGCUAUAAUGCCAGAACACAACAAUGAGCGCUAA